AUGGGGAGUCGGCGUCACGAGGAAGGGCUGAUGACCUCCUCGGAGAACAACUCGGACACCGAGUCGACUCAGUUGUCGACAGCCGCGGAAGCAAGCGGCUCAGCUGAAUUUGAAAGACGAGCUUUCAGCGGCCCGCUCGGUGAGCCUCACAAUAGCUACGCUCCUUCUUCAUUGUCUUCCAAAUCCACCAGAGCUUGGCGCCGGAUUAAGAGCGCCAAGUUCGACAAGUCCGCCGUGGACAGCAACCGGAACCCCGGCACCGACCAAAACGAAGACGAUGCUUACGUGGAGAUCACUCUCGACAUCCUAGACGACACCGUCGCCGUCCACAGCGUCCAGGCCGCCGGCGGAGCCAGCAACGAAGACCCCGAGCUGGCUCUGCUGGCCAAGAAAACGCUUGAGGGGAAGAAAUCGUCGUCGUUUCGGUCCUCGCUGCUUCGCAACACGUCGUCGCACAUCAGGCAAGUCUCUCAGGAGCUGAAGCGCCUGGCUUCCUUCUCCAAGAGACCGUCUAACGCGAGGAGAUUCGACCGCACCAAGUCCGCCACCGCCCACGCUUUAAAGAGCCUCAAGUUCAUCACCGCCAAGACCGGCGGAGGCGCCUCCUCCUCCGCCGGAUGGGUUGCCGUCGAAAAGCGCUUCGAUGAUCUUACUGUCAAAUCCAACGGCCUCCUCCCUUCUUCCCUCUUCGGGGAAUGCAUAGGGAUGAACAAAGAGUCGAAGGAGUUUGCAGGAGAGCUUUUCCGCGCGCUUGCUCGGAGGCGUAACAUAAGUGGUGAUGCCGUGAACAAGGCUCAGCUCCGGGAGUUCUGGGAGCAAAUUUCUGAUGAAAGCUUUGAUUCGAGGCUCCAAACCUUCUUUGACAUGGUGGAUAGAGACGCUGAUGGUAGAAUCACAGAGGAAGAAGUCCGAGAGAUCAUUAGUCUGAGUGCUUCUGCAAACAAGCUCUCCAACAUUCAAAAACAAGCUAAGGAAUAUUCAGCUUUGAUUAUGGAAGAGCUAGACCCGGAUGGUGCUGGCUACAUCAUGGUUGAAAACUUGGAAACUCUGUUGCUGCAAGCUCCAGUUGGCCAAUCUGUCAGCGUAAACGAAAGCCGGGUUCUGAGCCAACUGCUGAGCCAGAAGCUGAAGCCCACACAGGAGAACAACCCAAUCACACGAUGGUAUGAGAAGACCAAAUACUUCUUGUUAGAUAACUGGCAGAGAGUAUGGGUUAUGAUGCUGUGGCUUGGCAUAGUGUCCGGUCUCUUCGUCUACAAGUUUCUGCAGUACAAGAAUAAGGCAGCAUUUGAAGUGAUGGGCUACUGUGUAUGCAUUGCUAAAGGAGGAGCAGAGACGCUUAAGUUCAACAUGGCCUUAAUUUUACUACCCGUCUGCCGAAACACCAUCACUUGGCUCAGAAACAAGACCAAAUUGGGCGUUGUUGUCCCUUUCGACGACAAUUUAAACUUCCACAAGGUCAUUGCAGCUGGAAUUGUUGUCGGGGUUGGACUGCACGCCGGGGCGCAUUUAACCUGCGAUUUCCCACGACUAAUUCAUGCAACUGAAGAAGAGUACGAGCCUAUGAUACCGUCCUUUGGUGAAGAGCAGCCUCCAAACUACUGGUGGUUUGUGAAGGGGGUGGAAGGGUGGACAGGCAUUUCAAUUGUGGUGUUGAUGGCCAUAGCUUUCACAUUGGCCACUCCUUGGUUUAGGAGAAACAAACUGAACCUGCCAAAGCCCCUGAAGAAGCUCACAGGCUUCAAUGCCUUCUGGUAUUCACACCACCUGUUUGUCAUUGUCUAUGCUUUGCUCAUCGUCCACGGCAUUAAACUCUACCUCACCAAGGAAUGGUAUCAUAAAACGACAUGGAUGUACUUGGCAGUCCCAGUUGUCCUUUACGGUUGUGAAAGGUUGAUCAGAGCUUUUCGAUCAAGCAUCAAGCCAGUCAAGAUUCUCAAGGUUGCUGUUUAUCCGGGAAAUGUGCUUGCACUGCACAUGUCGAAGCCUCAGGGCUUCAAAUAUAAGAGCGGGCAGUACACGUUUGUCAACUGUGCUGCGGUUUCUCCUUUUGAAUGGCACCCGUUUUCCAUUACCUCGGCACCUGGAGACGACUACCUGAGCGUCCACAUUCGAACACUAGGCGAUUGGACGCGUCAGCUCAAAACUGUUUUCUCCGAGGUGUGCCAGCCUCCAACUGGUGGGAAGAGUGGCCUACUCAGAGCUGAUAACAUGCAAGGAGGAAACAAUCCCAGCUUUCCCAAGAUAUUGAUAGACGGUCCAUACGGGGCACCAGCACAGGACUACAAGAAAUACGACGUAGUACUGCUAGUGGGGCUUGGAAUCGGGGCCACUCCCAUGGUGAGCAUUGUGAAGGACAUCAUCAACAACAUGAAAAUGAAGGGCAAGGACGACGACGACUCGAUAUUAGAGUCUUCCCUAGAAAUGGGCAGGGUGAGCGGCAACCCAUCAACUCCUAACCAUAGCAGCAGCGGCAAGAACAAGAGCAACAGAGGGUUCAAGACCAGAAAGGCCUAUUAUUAUUGGGUGACGCGGGAGCAAGGCUCGUUUGAAUGGUUCAAAGGGAUCUUGAAUGAGGUGGCGGACAUGGACGAGAAGGGUGUCAUUGAGAUCCACAACUACUGCACCAGUGUGUAUGAGGAAGGAGAUGCCAGGUCAGCCCUCAUUGCCAUGCUUCAGUCCCUUCACCAUGCCAAGAAUGGUGUGGAUGUGGUGUCAGGGACACGUGUCAAAUCCCACUUUGCGAAGCCCAACUGGCGCCAAGUCUACAAAGAUAUUGCUCGGCGUCAUCCUGAUAGCCGAGUGGGCGUGUUUUAUUGUGGAGCACCAGCACUAACAAAGGACUUGAAGGAAUUGGCUUUGCACUUCUCCCACAAGACAACCACCAACCCAGCAGUGGCAGAAAGCCUCCUGUAUAUCCCUAGUUUAGCUGAUCUAAUGCAUAUGUAA